AGAGAGAGAGAGAGAGAGAGAGAGAGAGAUGGAUGGGUAAGAACUGAGAAGCUCAGCUUAGUUAUAGUUAUCCUCUUCCUCCCCUUAUCUCUCCCUCUUGUUGUCCCUUCUUUUCUUUUACUUUGAUUCCGAUUUCAUUUCUCUUCGUUUGAUUCCAUUUUCAUCCUCACAAGAAAUACAAAAUGAGUUGGUGGUGGGCAGGAGCAAUCGGCGCUGCUAAGAAGAAGUUGGAUGGAGAUGAAGGUCCUCCAAAGGAAAGGCACGAGAGCGUGGGUCUGAUCAUCGGCGUCACCGGAAUCGUGGGCAACAGUUUGGCCGAGAUUCUCCCUCUUCCCGACACUCCUGGCGGUCCCUGGAAGGUUUAUGGCGUCGCUCGUCGCCCUCGUCCCUCCUGGAACGCCGACCACCCAAUCGAGUACAUCCAAUGCGACAUCUCCGACGCCCAAGAUACCCUCACCAAGCUUUCCCCUCUCACAGACGUUACCCACAUCUUCUACGUUUCCUGGGCCGAUCGGGGAAGCGAAUCCGCCAAUUGCGAGAUCAACGGUGCCAUGUUCCAUAACGUCCUCCGAGCUGUGAUCCCCAACGCCCCCAAUCUCCAACACAUAUGCCUCCAGACGGGUACCAAGCACUACGUGGGAUCGUUCGAGGAUUUGAUUGCAGGCACCGCCCGUCCUCACGAUCCUCCCUUCGACGACGAUCUACCUCGCCUCCCUACCCCCAAUUUCUACUACACUUUGGAGGAUAUUCUCUUCGAGGAGGUCGAGAAGAAGGACAACUUGACAUGGUCUGUCCUUCGCCCCGGUUGCAUCUUCGGCUUCUCACCCUUCAGCUUGAUGAACAUGAUCGGAACCCUCUGCGUUUACGCCGCCAUCUGUAAACACGAGGGUUUACCUCUCAGAUUCCCGGGGACUCGAGCCGCUUGGAACAUUUACUCAGAGGCUUCCGAUGCCGAUCUGAUCGCGGAGCAUCACAUUUGGGCGUCCGUCGAUCCUUAUGCGAAGAACGAAGCUUUCAAUUGCCUCAACGGGGAUGUGUUCAAAUGGAAGCAUCUCUGGAAAGUUCUGGCAGAGCAAUUCGAGAUGGAUUGCCCUGAAUUCGAAGAGGGGGUUCCUUCCUUUGCGGAGUUGAUGAAGGACAAGGGACCCGUGUGGGACGAAAUCGUGAAGGAGAACAAUCUAUUGCCCACUAAACUGGAAGAUGUCGGGAUAUGGUGGUUCGCGGAUUUUACUCUUGGGGCACCAGAAUCGUUUUUGAGUUCCAUGAACAAGAGCAAAGAGCAUGGCUUCGUGGGUUUCAGAAACACUACCAAAUCUUUUGUUUCGUGGAUAGACAAGAUGAAGGCGUUCAAGCUCGUUCCUUAAGGCUUGAUCCUUAGCCUGAGUUUGAUCGAUCUUUCAAAAUUUUUUUUUUUUUUUUGUUAGCUUCAGUUUGAUUCAAGUUUCAACAGUGUCAAUUAGUGAAGGAAUGGAGAUUGGGGGGAAAGCAAUAAGAACAAAGAAGACACAAGAACUGGUGGGUGAGCUUUCUUUCUUGUUAUUGUUAUUAUCAGUCAUAGUUUGUUGUUGCUGCUGAGGUUCCUAUUUGAGUUUAUGGAGGAACGAAUGUUAUAUACAAAUCAAUGUGAAAUUCAGGAAUAAGUUAAAUACCUGCUAAAUUCAGGAAUAAAUACCUGUUAAAUGA